CAAAAACUAAAGAAAAAUCGAAAAAAAAAACCCAGAACCCAUAAACGAAAACCUACGAACAUUGCAAAUGGGAAUCAAAGAUCUUCUCAGAUUCAUGAAACCUUACGUUGAACCAAUUCACAUCAAGAACUACGCUGGAAAACGUGUGGGUAUUGAUGCAUAUUCAUGGCUUCAUAAAGGGGCUUAUUCAUGUAGUAUGGAGCUUUGUCUUGAUUCUAAUAGUGAAAGGAAAUUGCGGUAUAUUGAAUACUUCAUGCAUAGAGUGAAUUUGCUUCGGUACUAUAAUGUAACACCAGUUGUUGUUUUUGAUGGCGGCAAUGUUCCUUGCAAAGCAGCAACUGAGAAAGAGAGGAACAAAAAAAGGAAUACUAAUCGUGAGUUGGCAAUGGCUAAGCUCAAAGAAGGGAAUGUUAACGCUGCAUCAGAACUCUUUCAGAGAGCAGUGAAUAUUACUCCUGUUAUGGCUCAUAAGCUAAUUCAGACUCUGAAAUCAGAGAACAUUGAGUUUGUUGUAGCUCCAUAUGAAGCAGAUGCUCAGUUAGCAUACUUGUCCAACCUUGAAACCGAAAAAGGCGGCAUUGCAGCAGUGAUUACAGAAGAUAGUGAUCUGUUAACAUAUGGUUGUCCAGCUGUUAUUUUUAAGAUGGACCGUGAGGGGAAUGGCGAAAGAAUUGAGUUAGAGAAGGUUUUUUCUGCCGAAUCUUGUAAACCUUCGUUUCAAAGUUUCAAUAUGAAACUUUUCACAGGUAUGUGUGUUUUAGCUGGCUGUGAUUUUCUUCCAUCUGUUCCUGGCAUUGGUGUUGCUCGAGCGCAUGCCUUAGUUUCGAAGUAUCGGAAUAUCGAUCGUAUCUUGUCUGUUCUUAAGCUUGAGAAAGGCGAUCAAAUGCCCGAAGAUUAUGCCAAAUCCUUCAAGGAUGCACUUGCUGUAUUUGAGCAUGCUCGAAUAUAUGAUAUCAAUACCAAAGAGCUCAAGCACAUGAAGCCUCUUCCGGAAAGUUUUCUUGAGUCACUUGACGAAGACCUCAAUUUUUUGGGGCCAGAAAUUCCCUCAACUAUAGUCAAAGCAAUAGCUGAAGGAAACUUGAAUCCAUCAACUAAGGAAGCCUUUGAUAAAUCUGAAUGUUCUAGACUUCCUUUACAUCCCAUUGAUCCCCAUACCAUUGGUCAACUCAAGAAAAGUGAAGUUCCUACAAUUAAACAGGAUAAUUGUUUUUCAAUCUUUGGCUCCCAGAAUACCAAUAAAAAUUGUACAGUGACAAGGCUCUCAGAUAAAGAUAAGUAUUCCAAUGAAGUAACGGCACUUCAGAAACUAAUCAUGCCAUUGGAAACAAAUGAAACAAUGACAAAGCCAUUUACAUUUGAUGAAACUCAUUUGAAGGUUCCUAACAACAAUCCUUUUAGGAUAAGAAAACACGAGGAGGAAAUAAGUUUGGUUCAGAAAGAGGAAACAAUGGAAGAGAUUUCUAUUGUAAGCAGUGGUGAAUAUAUUGAUCUUAAUGAUUACAUGUCACCAAUUAACUUUCAAGAAGAAGGGUCUAUAAAUCUCUUAAAGAAAAGGAAAUUUGAGAAUGUUUGCUUAGAUAAAGUAGAAGUCACUGAUGAACAGGUUUCAGGAGUGACUGAAGUGGAAAAUUGUGAUGGUUUAUGCUUGAAUAUGGAGUCACAAGAAAGUGUAAAGUCUAAGAUUAGGAAUAGUUCUGAUUUGAAAGGAAGUGGUGGAAGCGAAAAGAAAUCCAAGAAGAAAAAGGAGAGUAACAUCAGAACUAUUUUGAGUUUCUUUUCAAAAGUGUAAUCCUUCAAUAUGCUCAUAAAUUUUGUUGUAUCGUAGUUAGAAUUUAUACAUUUUUUAGAAAAGUAGUUCAUAAUCUGCCAAAUUAAGCCAACCGGACACGUGUGUGUAACACAAACAUGUCUGAUUAAGGUGUUCCCACACUGGCAUGAUCCUGACACAUGUGAUUAUAUUUAACCACUUUUAUUUUCACAAA